AUGGCAAAUCCCUGGUUCAAGAUUGGAAUGCUCUUCAGUUCCUUCAAACAAUUUAAGGAUGUUGUGAAGAGCUCAUCAAUCAAAAGCAGAAAUCAGGUUAUAUUUGGGCCAAAUACAAGGCAGAAAUGCAAGGCAAAAUGUAAGAAAGGAUGCCAGUUUUUCAUUUGGGCCUACCUGCUGAACUCAAACAAACAAACAGUGCAGAUAAAGUUAGCCAAUUUCAUCCACAACUAUUCAAGAGAGGCAUACAAUAGGCAUGUUAAUGCCAAUUGGAUAGUUGAACAAUAUGUUGAAAGGUUCAGAGCUGAUCUCAGUUGGGCAAUUCAAGGGAUCAUACAAGCUGUAAAAGAAGAUUCUGGUGUUGAAGUGUCCAGAUUGAAAGCAUGGAGAGCAAAAAAUGCUACUUUGACAUUUAUCAAUGGUGAUGAGACAGAACAACUUUCUAGCCUUCAUGAUUACAAGCAAGAACUCUUGAGAAGUAAUCUAGGAAGCACAAUAGUUUUUGGUUUGAAUGAAGGUGUUUUUAACAGCAUGUAUCUAAAAGGAGUAUUUGGAGGACAGCUUCUCACAGCUAUUGGUUUAGAUGCAAAUGACUGCAUCUACCCAAUUGCAUGGUGUGUUGUGCAAAAAGAAAACAAGGAGAACUGGAAAUGGUUUUUGGAGCUACCGGCUCAAGAUGUAGGGAUAACAAACAGUUAUCAAUGGGUGUUUAUGACUGACAGGCAGAAGGGCCUUAUUCCUGCCAUUGAAGAACUAUUCCCUAAUUCUGAACAUAGAUUUUGUGUUAGAUAUGUGCAUAAUAAUUUUAGGAAGAAAUUUAAUAGUCUGGGGUUAAAAGAACUUGUGUGGGGUGCUGCUAAGGCAAGUUAUGUCUAG